CUUCGUCCUUCGUGAGGUGUGCUCGCGAGGUUGUUACGAUACCCCAGCGAUCUAUUUGUAUUUCUUUUUGCUCGACUUAUCAACACGCAUCCCACUCCAUCGGCGCCAAGAUGCCUUAUCGCGGAAAAUUACGUCUGCUCGGGAGAGCUUGUCUGGCGUUCAGAAACUCGUACGGCAAAAGCGAGCGCAGUACUCAUCUCACCAGCAAUAUUGUCGGCAGAAAUUUCUCCGUGAGCAGUACGCUCGAUAUGAGGUUCGUUCAAUUCACAUUCAAAAAUGGGGGUCCGCAGCACCUCGGUGUUCAGCUAAAGCAGGGUGGCGACAUCAUCGCCGUGUCAGCGGUCGACUCGCGAAUCCCGAACACGCUGAAGAAAUUCCUAGAGGGCGGUGACGAUCUACUCAAAACGGCCAAGAGGAAAGACGAUAUCGAUCUAAGGAGGGCUGUAGAGAGAAUAAUCGCUGAAGGACGGAGCAUCAUACCCGAGGCCGACGUGAAUUUUCUCGCACCAGUCACGCGCAUGGACAAACUUGCCUGCAUCGGUCUCAAUUAUAGCGGUCAUUGUGAGGAGCAAGGGAUGUCGAUUCCCGAAACUCCGGUGGUCUUUAGUAAAUUCCCCAGCAACAUCAUUGGACCGUGCGAUAACAUUCUGUUACCGCAGAUCUCUGACAAAAUCGACUGGGAGGCCGAGCUGGCGAUAGUAAUCGGCAAAAAGUGCAAAAGCCUUAAUAAUGACCAGGUCGAGGACUGUAUAUUUGGAUACACGGUAGCGCAAGACGUGACGGCACGGGAUUGGCAGAAGUCUAAGCGUAACGGUGGGCAAUUCCUUCUCGGCAAAGCGAUGGAUACGUUUUGUCCCUUAGGUCCGGCAGUUGUCACUAAGGAAUCAAUCUGUGACAUCAACAAUUUAUCUGUGAAAACAUGGGUGAACGGCAAUCUGAAGCAGAACGGCAACACUAGCGAACUCAUCUUUAAACCCCAUGACAUAGUCGUUUAUCUUUCGCAAUUUAUGACGUUGCUGCCAGGUGAUGUGAUUCUUACCGGCACUCCUGCUGGUAUAGGAUACGCACGCAACCCACCAGAAUAUCUGCAGCGCGGAGAUGUACUGGAAACCGAGAUUGAAAGUUUAGGACGCCUCAGAAACAAAGUAAUCUAAUGUAAGAAACGGAACAUGCAAUUUCUUACAUUGUGUUGAAAAAACGGCUUUUUCACAAAAAGAUUUUCAUAAGACUGGAACUACGUUCCUCCUGCAAUGGAUAUUUGUAAUAACGUUGAAUCAUUUUAAGGACCAUAUCAGAACCUAAUGUAGACGAUAUGUUGACAGAAAUAAUCGAAAAUAGGAAUACUUUCAAAUAUUCAGAUAUUUAAUUAUCCGAAAUCAGCUCCAAUGAAAACUCAAAACCUCACUAUUUGGAUAAAUUGAAUAUUCAAAGUUAUUAUUAAUACAAUAAAUUUUUAUUAUUAAUCGCUAAAAUAUUAUUAGUCGCUAAAAAUUUUUAAUGAAAUUGACUGUCCACUUUUUUUAGAAAUCUGUAAUGCAAAUGUGCAUUUUGCUUGAGUCCACUGCAAACUUGGAUUCGGAUUUGAAUUUAUUAUUUUCGAUUACUUUUGGAAUAUCUGAAUCCUCAGAUAAUAAAAAUUUUAAAGGUAACAUUUAACGACUAUCUGAAUAAUCGGAUAUUAGUUAAUGAUGUUACAUCUAGAUGAAUCUUAAAGCUCUAAUUUAAAUUGUUGGGAUGAUAUCGAU